CCACGAGGGGAGAUGGCACGCGGCAGAGCGGACGGCGGCAGGCCGAGGCGGAGGGCGGGUCGGCCGGACGCCUCACUUCCGCCGGACGCGGUCGGGAGAAGGAUGGAGGAGGAGCGGAGGCUGCGCGGGAGGCUGAGCCGCCGCCGGCCGCUGGCGGGGCCCGGGCCCCCUAACUGCCGCCCCGGGUUUCUCUUGGAGAGCAGUAAGAGUGAGCCGUGGGUGGCUCUCCUGCGUAGCGCUGUGAAUGCGGAUCUGACCCCGAACAGUCAGCCAUUGCCACCGCUGCCUGCUUUUCCCAUCCAGGAGUCUCAGCCUGACCCAGAGCCCACUGCGCCGCCUGAGGUCUUCACUGUGGGAUCCAAGACGUUUUCCUGGACGCCUUUUCCACCUGCCCUUGCUGGCUCUGGAAGCUCCUCACAGCCGUUCCACGGGGCUGGAGGCUCUGUGGGGUCAUCUACCCCAUCCCUGAAAGGAUGCCCUGCCUCAGAUUCCCAUCAGACUGCCAGCACCCGAGAGCCAGUGUCUGCACAGAGACCUCCCGUGUUGCUGAGCUGCCCACUGUGCCAGAAGGCUUUUGACCCGAAGCUGGCCCAGCUGGAUGUGGACAGCCACCUUGCGCAGUGCUUGGCCGAAAGCACAGAAGACGUGGCUUGGUGAGCUGCAGGGUGCUUUGCUGCAUCUGUGCUGUCGUUGGAUGCGACUACUGAGGUGUGGACCCCUGGGUGCGGGCUCCUGCUGGUGUUCAUGGGCGCUGUGCAUGACGCUUGUCACUGACAGCCAGCGGGCAGCAGCCGAUCCGUGAUGGUUCAUUUCCAUCGGCAGCUGGAUUUGGAAUCACCUAGGAGGCGUGUCUUCAAAGCUGUUCCCAGGGACUUCCUGGGAAAGGAAGACUCACCUUGACAGGGUGGCACCGUGCCUGGGGUCCCACUGAGAAGGGAAAAGAGAGAAAUUGCUGUGGUGUGCCUCCUACCUGUCACACAUGGCAUCAGAGCUGCUUUUGCUCCUGUACCUUCAACACUUUUGAGCCAGAGUAAAUCUUAAGUCGCUUUGGUCAA